UUUUUAAUAAUUGCAAAGGACGGCCUCCGUUAUUAAUUUAUUUGUAUUCAGAAACACACGAAACAUGAGUAUUAUGCCGUACUGUCCUGCUCCUCACAGUUGAUAGGAAAAUGAAUGAAGUCCUGAAUAAUGUUCAUGAUAUAACACUUAUCAUUAGUUAAUAAAUAUUAUAGAAAAACAAAUUUUUAUUUUGAGAAUUUUAUUCGUGAUGCCAGAGCACGUUGAGUUACAACAAUUAGUCGACGGUGACACUGAAUGUCAGACACUUCCUCGUCAGAGUGACUUUUCUAAAUCAAAAUGUAAAUCAUGUCCAUAUCUUGGUCUUGUUCUGGCCACAUUAUCGUCUCUAUUUUUUUCACUUUGUAGCGUAAUUGUUAAAGGUUUAGUUGAUAUAAAUCCUAUGGAACUGGCUGCCUUUCGGUUCGUCGGUGUUCUCCUGCCAGCAAUUCCAAUAGUUAUAUACAAAGGCCAUCAUCCAUUUCCAAAAGGUCGUCGGCUUAUGUUACUUCUGAGAAGUUUUGUUGGAACAACUGGACUUAUGCUAAGUUUUUAUGCAUUCAGACACAUGCCCUUGGCUGAUGCAUCUGUUAUAGUUUUCUCGGUGCCUGUAUUUGUGGCAAUAUUUGCAAGAAUAUUUCUUAAAGAGCCCUGUGGUCUGUUUAAUGUUAUAACUGUUUGUUUGACAUUGAUCGGUGUUGUCUUAAUUACUCGUCCACCACUUAUAUUUGGACAUACCGUAGUAUCCAUGAUAGAUAACCAUGUAAAAACUGAACAUGCCGAUCUUUGGGGUGCGGUGGCAGCCUUUUCUGCAACAUUGUUUGGAGCAAAUGCCUACGUCUUGCUUAGAGCUCUUAAGGGAUUGCAUUUUUCUGUUAUUAUGACAAAUUUUGGAUCAUUUGCUCUUGUACAAACGAUAAUGGUCACCUGGACAAUUGGAGCCUUAUGCUUACCACGUUGUGGCACUGAUAGGUUAUUGGUAGUUGCUCUGGCUCUAUUUAGCUUUGGAGGACAAAUUUUAUUGACAUUGGCACUGCAGAUGGAACAGGCUGGACCCGUCGCCAUUGCUAGAUCAGCAGAUAUUGUCUUCGCGUUUUUCUGGCAAGUACUUUUUUUCAAUGAAAUACCAAACAGAUAUUCGGUAGGCGGUGCCGUUCUAGUGACAAGCUCAGUUUUACUUACUGGAUUAAGGAAGUGGGCAAUUUCAUUACCCGAAACAUCAACUGUCAAGAAAUCCUUGGGCUUCUUAGCAAUGAUAUAGUGAUGUUAUAAUUAUACAGUCAAAGAUAACUUAAAAAUUUUU